UAUUGAGCAACGUGACUGUUCAUUUGCACUAAUCCGUCCUCCUUUUAUACAUUCUGAGUGGAAGAGAGAAAAAAGAGAAGAAACGCAUUCCCUCCUACUCCUUCUGCCUGUUCUCGCAGUGGAACCGGGAGGCUAAAACGAAACCAGGUGCGUUCUCAGUUUCUGCGUUAGUGGAGCUGCGAGAUGAUACGGUCGGGGGGAUUGGAUGCUGCAGAAUUAUAGCGGUGGGGAGCGCAUCACCUUUACUCACCAGUCCAGAGCAUCCUGCAACUCCCAGCACUGAGGCAACCGGCUCGCUGUGGGGGACAAAAAUAAGCACGGGAAGAGAGGGAACAGCAAGCUGUAUUAUGUGAGCUUAAACACGGUCUCUCUGGGUUGCAAUAGCAAUGGCAUCUGAUGGAAUUGGUCAACAAGGAUGCGUGUGGAUAUUGCAGGACUGCAAUCAAGCGUGUUUGUUUAAUUAUUCUCGGGGGAGCUUCGUGAGCUACUUUUAAACGCAGAAGAGCCCUCCUUUUCCCCUCCUAGCUCGAUCCAUUUUAAAAGCCCACUCAGCUUGUGAAACGUACAUUUCUUUAUUUUCACUGUGAACGACUGUACAUCUCCUCGAGCACAGAGGCUUCUUCUGUUUAAUUAUUUAUAUAUAUAUAUAUAUAUAUAUAUAUAUAUAUAUAUAUAUAUAUAUAUAUAUAUAUAUAUAUAUAUAUAUAUAAAAUAAAAUAAUUGUACUUAAUUCCGAGUGCCUUUCCGUGGCUGAAGAACCCUCCCCCUCUCUACUGACACUUCUGAUUUAUCAGCGGGAGUGCUGUGUGACAGUAGCCGGGAUUCGAGCUCUGUCUUGCAGACACCUUCCCCAAGAAGGCUCCGUCAUCUCCGGGCUGGAUAUGUUCACAUUUACGUCAAGAUGGAUUUAGUUUUCGGUCUGUGGUGGCUGCUCAUGGUGUGUCUGGAAGGCAUUUGUUGCCAAGGAGUGUACGCGCCACCUAGUGUCCGCAUUGUGCACUCUGGGCAGGCAUGCAACAUCGAGGAAGAACGAUACACAGAGCGAGUGUACACCAUAAAAGAAGGAGAGACUCUGGAAUUAACAUGCCUUGUAACUGGCCACCCGCGGCCGCAGAUCAGGUGGACCAAAACAGCAGGAAGUGCCUCCGACCGGUUCCAGGACUCGAGCGUCUUCAACGAGACCCUGCGGAUCAGCAAGAUCCAGCGGCACCAGGGGGGGCGCUAUUACUGCAAGGCAGAGAAUGGGCUGGGCUCGCCCGCCAUCAAGUCUAUCCGCGUGGACGUCUAUUAUCUGGAUGACCCCUCUGUGACAGUGCACCAGAGUAUCGGGGAGGCGAAGGAGCAGUUUUACUACGAGCGGACCGUGUUCCUGCGAUGCGUGGCCAACUCCAACCCCCCAGUGCGGUACAGCUGGCGCCGCGGCCAGGAUGUCCUGUCCCAGGGCUCUGACAAGGGAGUGGAGAUCUAUGAGCCCUUCUUCACCCAGGGUGAAACCAAAAUCUUAAAGCUGAAGAAUCUUCGACCGCAGGAUUACGCAAACUACAGCUGCAUUGCUUCGGUCCGAAACGUGUGCAGCAUCCCUGACAAGAUGGUCGUCUUCAGGCUUUCAAACAAAACAGCAUCUCCUUCGAUCAAGUUGCUGGUGGAAGACCCCAUUGUAGUGAACCCAGGGGAGACGGUGACCCUGGUCUGUAUAACGUCAGGAGGGGAGCCCGCUCCCACACUGACCUGGGUCAGAGGCACCGAGACCCUGCCUCAGAAAAGCGUGUUGAACGGGGGAACUUUAACCUUACCAGCGAUUACCUCUGAAGAUGCCGGGAUUUACAGCUGUGUGGCGAACAACAAUGUGGGCAACCCUGCUAAGAAAUCCACCACCAUCAUCGUUAGAGCUCUGAAGAAGGGCCGGUUCUGGAUCACCCCUGACCCAUACCACAACGACGACAACAUCCAGAUCGGCCGCGAGGUGAAGAUUUCCUGCCAGGUGGAGGCCACUCCCCCGGAGGAGCUGGCGUUCAGCUGGCUGAAGAACGGGCGGCCGCUGCGCAGCUCCGAGAGGAUGGUCAUCACGCAGACCGACCCCGACGCAUCCCCGGGCACCACCAACCUGGACAUCAUCGACCUCAAGUUCACCGACUUCGGCACCUACACCUGCAUGGCGUCGCUGAAGGGGGGAGGCAUAGCGGACAUCAGCAUCGAUGUGAACAUCUCCUCCACCACCGUCCCUCCGAAACUCUCGAUCCCCAGCGGGAAGUCCCCCCUGGUCACCCGGGAGGGGGACACAGUGGAGCUGCAGUGCCAGGUGACCGGGAAGCCAAAGCCCAUCAUCCUGUGGUCGCGCGUGGACAAGGAGGCGCCCAUGCCGGACGGCAGCAUGGAGACAGAGAGCUACGACGGGAUCCUGCGGAUUGUGAACGUCUCCCGGGAAAUGACCGGAUCCUACCGGUGCCAAACCAGCCAGUACAACGGAUUCAAUGUCAAGCCCAGGGAGACGGUGGUGGAGCUGAUUGUGCAGUAUCCACCCACCGUGGAACCCAUGUUCACAGAGAUGCGACAAGGCCUGGGUCGCAACAUAGUGAUGAACUGCAGGGUGCUGCGGGCCUACCCGUCCCGGGUCCUCUCCUACGAGUGGAGGCUGGCCGGCAGGGUCCUGCGCACGGGCCACUUCGAUUCCCAGGACUCCACGGAGUACAGUGUGAGCAGCCUGGCGCGCGAGGGAUACGGGGUCUACAACUGCAGUAUAAUGAACGAGGCCGGCACGGGGAGGUGCAGUUUCCUCGUCACAGGCCAGGCCUACGCGCCCGAGUUCUACUAUGACACCUACAACCCACUGUGGCAGAACCGGCCCCACGUCUACUCAUACAGCCUGCAGUGGACCCAGAUGAACCCCAAUGCAGUGGACCGCAUUCUUGCAUAUCGCUUGGGCAUUAGGCAGGCUGGUCAGCAGCGCUGGUGGGAGCAGGAGAUCCCAGUGAAUGGGAUGAUCCAGAAGGGGGAGCUGAUCACCUACAACCUGUCUGAACUGAUCAAGCCAGAGGCGUACGAGGUGCGCCUGACCCCCAUCACCAAAUUUGGAGAGGGGGACUCCACAAUCCGAAUGAUCAAAUACAGCGCUCCAAUGAAUCCCCACUUAAGGAACUUUCACUGUGGAUUUGAAGAGGACCCCAUCUGCAUGUUCACGCAGGAAAAGUCAGAUAAUUUUGAUUGGACUCGUCAAAGUGCUUCAACCAGAGACACAAAGUAUACGCCUAACACAGGACCCACCACCGACAGAAGUGGGUCCAAACAGGGCUUCUACAUGUACAUAGAGACUUCCCGGCCCAGACUGGAGGGUGAAAAGGCACGACUGGUGUCCCCUACCUUCAACAUCGCCCCCAAAAACCCCUACGGAGCCAUUAACUCAGCCUACUGCUUCAGCUUCUACUACCACAUGUACGGAAAGCACAUAGGUACUUUGAAUGCAUAUCUACGUCUGAAAGGCCAGACAACAGUAGACAGCCCUGUGUGGUCGCUGAGUGGGAACCAAGGCGAGCACUGGAGACUGGCCACUGCGAAUAUCCACCCCAACACCUCCUUUCAGAUAAUCUUUGAAGGCAUUCGAGGUCCUGGUAUAGAAGGAGACAUUGCCAUAGACGAUGUGUCUGUCAUGGAAGGGGAGUGUAUGAAAGCAGAUGAGCCGAACGUCGCUGGGAUAUCUGCCUGCUCUUCUGGUGGAUCGCAUAUAUGGCAGCUACCAGUCGCCCUGCUCCUGGCUUUGUAUAGCCAUCGAAGGUGACCUUUCACAGGCAGAGGCUACAGAAAGAUUCAUCAGGCACUGGCAUGAUGAAGGAGUCUUUGUACUUGGACCUUCAUAAUAAAAUUACCAAAGAUUCAUCCGCUGAACUGCUGAGGGGAACAGAAAAGCACCUAGGGUACCUGAGGGAGCAAAAACAAACAAACAAACAAACAAU